CUCUCUCUCUCUCUCUCUGUGUACGAAUUAUAUAUAUCACCCUCUGUUUAUCCUGUAUAAAUACCCCACACAUGCAACAACUCCCUUACACACCCAUUUCAUCUCGCUGCUCUCCGUCACUUCUUCAUUUUCAUUCUCAUCUCUCUCCUAAAUCUAAACUUCACCCUCUUUCUCUCUCUCAUGGCAGAGAUAGACUACCAACCUAAACCAACCAACGCAACCGGCACCAAGCUAAAGCUCUUUGGCUUCAACGUCUCAGACGAAGACGAGGUUGACUCGACCAAGACCCCAUCUGGGUCGCCGGAGCCCGGCGGGUUCCCGGCGCCGGACGGCCGGAAAUACGAGUGCCAGUACUGCUGCAGAGAAUUCGCCAACUCCCAAGCAUUGGGCGGCCACCAAAACGCCCACAAGAAGGAGCGUCAGCAACUCAAACGCGCCCAAAUGCAGGCCAGUCGAAACGCCGCCGUUUCCUACGUCCGCAACCCCAUAAUCUCCGCUUUCGCUCCCCCGCCGCACCUCCUAGCUCCGGCGGGCCCUGUGGUCGUCCCGGCCACCACGCAGCAGUCUCCGUCGUGGGUCUACCUCCCGCGCGCAGCCCCGCCGUUCCACGUAUCCCAUGGAUGCGUUUUUCCGUCCGCCGGCGGGAGAGCGCCCAGCCCGUUCUCGUACGCCGGCAGUGCGGGGGAGUCAACAUUGACUGCGGCGUCUUCGCAGGUACGGGCCCACGGAAAGGUUGACGGGCCAUCGCUGAGCAGGUUCUCGAGAGGAGAUAGUGGGACCAGUUUUGAGGACCCAGUGGGCCUAGAUUUGCAUCUCAGCUUAGCUCCAGCCGCGCCGUGAACAUGUGCCGGCUGGGCUAAAACGUUAAUUAGGUUAGCUUCUUGGGAUCCUCGGGGGUUUGGAAUUGAGAGUCGGCUGCUCUGUCGGCUGGCUCUGUUGAGACCCGGCUCAGAAGCUGAUGUGUAUCUGCCCCGUCAGAUCUUGUAAAUUUUUUUUUCCAAUUUAUUUAUUUAUUUAUUUCCCA